AUGCCUUCUUCCAAGCCAUUUAUAUUCAACUCCUACUCACAGCGUAAGAUUGCCUUGAAGUUCUCCUACUCUGGCUGGUCUUAUAACGGUUUGGCUGCACAGUCUGUACCCACUCCACUCCCGACCGUUGAGCAGACGCUCUGGGAUGCUUUGAGCAAGGGCAGGCUCGUUGACGCGUCCAAAUCAUUCGACUCCGCUGGCUGGAGCAGGUGCGGCAGGACUGAUAAAGGUGUCUCAUCCGCAGGUCAAGUUGUUGCUUUAUGGGUCAGAUCAGCGUACACCCCCUACAACGCUCCACACGCUCCACACGCCAUUGAAGCUUUCAAGCAACCCACCGCCGCUCGCCCUCCUUCCCUAUCCAAGGCACAGCACGCGUCGAUCGACAGUGCAGACGAGUCUGAGCGGGACAGUGUCCGCGAGCGUGUCUACAAAGAAGCUCACGAGGCCCAGAUAUUCAAAGAAUCGCAACCACAAACCCACGAGCUCAACUACAUCCAAAUCCUCAACUCUCUCCUUCCCCCCUCCAUUCGUAUCCUGGGGUGGGCACCCGUGCACCCCGCCUUCGACGCCCGCUUCGACUGUCUUCGCCGUCACUACAAGUACUACGUGGAUCCCGCCGCGUCUCCUCAAGGACCCGGUUUGGAUGUUGGGCGAAUGAACACCGCCCUCCAGCGCCUCAAAGGCACGCAUGAUUUCCGCAACUUCUGCAAAGUAGAUGCGAGCAAGCAGAUCAACAACUUCCACCGCACGAUCCACGAUGCGUGGAUAGAGCGCGAGGAGAACCUCAAACUCCACUGCGUCAAUCUUGUCGGAUCUGCCUUUCUCUACCACCAAGUGAGGUGUAUGAUGGCGGUGUUGUUUUUGGUCGGUUGCGGCAAAGAGGAGGUGAGCGUGGUGGAUGAUUUGAUGCGCGUGGAGCUUGACCCUGAACACCCCCACCUCCCCACCGUUAUUGGGAAGCCUAUCUACGACAUGGCACACGAUCUCCCCCUCUGUCUAUACGACUGUGUUUACGACGACAGCAAGGUGGUGUGGCGCUCGGCGCCUUGUGGGAGCGAGAGCGAGAGUUUGCACUCAGAUCAAGCAGACGCCAUACUUCACCGCACUCACAUAGCCAAAUCACUCACCGAUCAACUCUUCGACCUCGAACUCAAGUCGGCUAUGGUGCGCAACGCCCUCAAACACUUACACCCCACUCUCACCACUCCCAUUGGGGACCGAAGCAAUGCUACCCCGCUCGGCGGUAACACUUUCGCCAUGUCCAAGGCUUCCCGCCCACUCCUUGAAAGAGAGAGGGGAAAUACACCCGAUGAAAUAAACAGACGCUGGAGAGACAGCGAGAAGGGCAAGCGUAGACAGGGCAAGAAAGGCGGUGAACGUGUCGAUGGCCAUGUGACUGAUAAGAUGGAUAUCAGCGACGCAGAUGAGUAA